GGACCUGAGGGGAAACCCGUUUCCUGGACUGUCAUAUGCGGGGCAGCGAGCUCGACCGGAACCGAACCGAAAGCGAAGCUGCCGGGCCCGGUUCGAGCCGUGCGUGCGGAGUGUUCCGGUCCCUUCAUGCCGCUGAAGCCGCGGCUCGCGCGCAGACACAGUUUGAGGCCUGACCGCGGCGCCGCGUCGUCUCUUUGUGGCGAUGAGCGCCGAGCUGCUGUCCGAGCUGGACUGCCGCUUCCUGUCCGACAACCUGCUCACGAGCGACGACUGGGAUGCCUGUCUGUACCAGUGUGAGAGCAUGGAGGACGGGGACGAGGCGGACCCGGGUCGGGGACUGAAGCUGGACUCAGUGUUUGACACUGACCUCAUUCUCACCCUCGACCCGGACAACCCCACGUCGCCAUGGAAACACCUGGACGACCAGCUGCUCACAGGAGAGCCUCCAGUUCUGAAGAGUGACAUGACGACGAUAAGUCAACCACUGCCUGUGGACAUGUUGUUCCAGGUGAAGGCUGAGCCCCCCUCCCCCCCCUCCCCCUCCUCCUCCCUGGAGUCCGACUCCUCCGUCGGUUCUCCGGAUCCUCAGGUCACAGUGAAAGGGGAGAACCCUCCGACCCCCCCCUACAUGUACGGGGACGUGCUGUCCCCCCCGCUGGGCUCCAUGGAGGUUACCGUGGCGACUACGGCAGUGCCUGUGGUCCUGGGCGGCGUUCUGCCCGCCCCCUGCCCCGCCCCCCUCUCCUGCCCCGCCUCCUCCAAGCCGUCCCUGCAGCCCCGCCCCCCGGUGCGCGUGGCGGCCGUCCCCGUCCCCGUCCCCGUCUCCGGCGGCCCGUCUCCGGGUGGCGCUUUGAUCCUGCAGGGCCUCCCGGCGCUGGACCAGAGCCGGCCCGUGGUCCUGUCUCAGUCCGUCUGUCUCGGCGCCGCUCCGGCCAUCGUCAAGGUGGAGCCUGUCUCCCCAGGUGUCGCCCCGCCGGCCCCGCCCACCAAGCCCAUCGUCCCGGCAACCACCGCGUUACCCGGCAACGGCGCCAACGACAUCGACAUGAAGGUCCUGAAGCGGCAGCAGAGGAUGAUCAAGAACCGCGAGUCGGCCUGCCAGUCCCGGAAGAAGAAGAAGGAGUACCUGCAGAACCUGGAGGCGCAGCUGAGGGAGGCGCAGCAGGAGAACCAGCGGCUGCGCCGCGAGAACCAGGCGCUGAGGGAGCGGCUGGCCGGGAAGGAGGGCGGCGACUCGGCCGCCGGCCGCCGCGCCGUGUGCGUCAUGGCCGUCCUUCUCUUCAUCACCUUCAGCUUCGGCCCUGUCAGCAUCUCGGACCGGACGCUGUCCGGGCCGCCGGACGGCGCGGUGGAGUACACGGGCCGCCGGCUGCUGGAGAUCGAGCAGCGGGACGAGCGGGCGCCGCCCGGCAGGAUGGAGGAGCCGGCGGAGGAGGACGGAGCCGAGGACCGGUUCUCCGCAGAACCCGAACAGUUCCGGAACCUCAGUGUCUUCAGUGAUCUGGUUCUUCAGGACCUGGAUGGGUUCUUCUCGUCUUCAGACUGUCGACAGUUUAACCGCUCAGAGUCGCUCAGGCUGGCGGACGAGCUGCGGGGCUGGGUCCGCCGCCACCAGAUCGACCGCAAGAAGUCCGGAGGGAAACCCAAGAACGCCAAGAAGGCCCGGAUCGCCCAGAAAGCUCAGCUGAGGAGAACCAACGUGUCCAGAUACCUGCCGGUCCAGAGCCAGCGCUCCAUCCAGAGCCAGCUGCAGGUUCUCCCCGGUCCCGAGGUGACCUACAGCGACUUCCUGGACGCCAUCGAGCGCAGAGAGGACACGUUCUACGUGGUGUCCUUCAGACGGGACCACCUGCUGCUCCCGGCCAUCAGCCACAACAAGACCAGUCGACCCAAAAUGUCUCUGGUGAUGCCGGCCAUGUCCGUGAACGACAGCCUGUACGAGGCGUCCCGCGGCGUGGAGAUGAUGAUGCAGGUGGACUGCGAGGUGAUGGACACCCGGAUCGUCCCCAUCAAGUCGUCCGCCGUCCCCCCGUCCCUGCGGGCUCCGCCCCCCCGCCCCGCCCCCCCCGGCCAUCACCACGGCAACCAGUCCUCCGCCGCCGCCGCCCACCGGCGGCCCCUCCCCCCCCGCGGGCGGCCGGCAGCGUACUUCCUCAGCCCGGCGGAGGGCGUGUGAGGAACGUUCCGCGUUCCGCGGAGAACCCUAACUUAACAGCUGUAAAUUCCCCUGUACAUAGGAUGUUUUUUAACGUUCCCGAGGUUCCCGAGGUUCCUGAGGUUCCGCUUCGCUCUGAGUUCCUGCCGUCUGAAACCAGGUUGUGUGUUCUGCU